AUGGAUGGAACCAACUCACACCAGCAGGAGCCCUGCAAAAAACACAAGCGUAAGAAAAGAAGGAUAGAGUGUGAUAAGGGAGUGGUUGAUCGGUUAAGUGAGUUACCUGAUGAGAUCAUUUACAUCAUACUCUCUUUCCUACCCUUGAGACAAGCUGCUUCCACUAGCAUUCUUUCCCACCGAUGGCCGAAUUUAUGGAAGCACACUUCUAAUCUUGACUUUGUCAACAUUAAUCGUCGCCACAACAAGAGAACCACUGAAAUCGAGCACGACUCAUGGGACGUUUCGACGUGCAAGAAUGUCAAAAUGGUGAAUUCAGUUCUCGAAUCGCAUAAAGCCCUUUUCCUGAAAGAGUUCAGAAUCCAAUUUUACAUAAACAACUCAGCGCAAAGCACAAUCACCAAAUGGCUCGAAUUCGUGUGGUCGAGACAAGUCGAGAGGUUGAAGUUGAAGUUCAUAUGUGAAAAUAGUCUAAAGCAUAAGUUAUUGUUGGGGGAUUUGUUGGGAGAGAUUAGACCUAUGCAACAUCUCAAGACUUUGUCUCUGAGAAGUCUGAUAAUGAGCGGUGAAGAUAUCUCCUUGUUCUUGAAAAACUGUCCCUUGUUGAGGGAAUUGACCAUCGAAGGCUCGCAUUUGACGUCUGAAGUUAAAUUCUGCGACUCAACCCUCGUGUUGGAGGAGCUUCGGAUACGAAAAUGCAACAUCCAGGAAUAUUUUAUUAACAUUUCUGCUCCUAAUCUUGCUCUAGUUAGCGUUGAUGCAAGGCCGGGGCAGCUAUGGAUCGAGAAUGUUCCAAGACUUGUCGCGGUAAAUUUUGCAAUUUACAGUGCAAGAUAUACUAUGCAACAUUUUACUUCUGCAAAGCUUUCGUGGAAUGGGUUUCCGAUAAUGCCUAAUCUCAAGACGUUGCACGUUAAAGAGAGCUCGUUGUAUGAGCACGGAUGUCUCUUGUCACUAAAAUCUGUGAUAUCGGCAUGCCCUUGUCUUCAGAUUUUCAAGAUUGAGGUUGUUUAA